CCCUUUAAAUUAAUUUUGUUUUUUCUUUUACCUUUAUAUGUUCAUUUUUUGUGACGGAGAGUGCAGGUAUGUUUUAUGAUGGCGUGAAGAUGCUGUUCAUUGCGGUAUUUCUUUUGUGAUCCAUGUUCCAAUGGCCUUUUUUUGAUGGAUUGUGUCGAUUCCGGCUCGGUUUUCGUCAAUUAACAGUCACCUGAUUUCGUGUCCAAUUUAACUGAAUUCGAUCCCGGUUAAAGAGAGUUAACUUUGAAGUAAAUAUUACCACGACAUAGUUUUGCAGAGUUCCUGGACCUGAGGAUCAAAUGUGUGGCCGUUUCUUCAUCUCGUAUGCGGGGCCAUAUAACUGGAUCGCAACUUCCGACGACACAGUUGGUGGCCGUGGAACUCGUGGCGAUGGAUCCGUGGCGGUUUUAUUGAAUUUGGGUCAUAGACGAAGCGGAUUUCUCGCCAGAAAAACCUGCGAGAACUUUGGCCUCGACUCCGAUCCGGCUGGUCCUCAUUGAAACAUCUGCAUCCGUUUUCAACGAAACUUUUUAAAACGAGGGCAGAGUUGAUGACGUGAAUGGGCACCCCAGACCUUUUGGAUUCUACCCUGUGCAAUGAUAAAGGACAGUGUGAAUCAGGGGGUUCAAUCCUGGCCAGCAUAAAUUGGAACACAGGUGCUCUAUGCAGACCUGAUGGUGGGCGCGAUUGGGUUGGCAAUUCCUAUUGGAAUUGGCCACGUUCAUAUCAACGUGGCACGAUAGAUCCCGACUAGUUGCUCCUGUUUCUAACGUCCCUCCCUUUUUCCCGCCGUUUGAAUCGAUAGGAAAACUGACGGCGAGGGUAUAAAAGACGUUCCCAUUCGUCGUUGGAUUCACAAACCUCACAAUCGCCUAAAUAGAAAAUGAAGUUGUUUCCGAUUGUCUUCCUUUUGGCAGUCGUCUGUUUGGCCGUCGCUGCUGCCCAGGAGGCCCCACAACCCAAACCUAAACCCCCCAGACCCCCUACUACAACGACAACAACCACGACCACGUCCACUGUGAGAACGACAACAACUCCUGUCACGACGACAACAGUCCAGCCAAUAAAAACAAGGAAACCCAAGAAAACCACCGCGACAACAACGACCACCAGCCAACCAACAACCACCACAACAGCAACAACAUCGCCGAGACGUACUACCACAGUCAACCCAGCAACGACCACGACUACCGCCCCACGUCGUACCGUCACCUGCACUGCGUUAGCUCUCACCGAAAUAUCUGAAUCACCUUGUGGGACUUGUACUUUGCUGACGCCAACCAGUGGGACUAUCCAGUCUCUCAACUUCCCCAACGACUACGGAGUGUACAAUUCCAGUGAUACGUUCAUCAACUGCCUUUACACGAUCAAGGCCCCGCCGCGCAGGAAAAUUCAACUGACAUUCACCGCGUUCGUCGUGGAAAACAAAUUUGAUCUCAUCAAUGUUUAUGACGGAAUAUUUCCGUCCGGGACGAUUCUAGCUGCAAAUCUCACCGGUUAUUCCCUCCCCUCUGCUCCGUUUACUACUGUCGAGACCAACCAAAUGUCGGUCGUUUUCGAUACGGAUAGAAAUAAUGCCGGUCUACCGUUUCGUUUGAGGCCCGCCAAAUGGCAGGCGACAUUCAAGGUAGUGCCCUAAUCCAAACAGCGCAACUUCAUUCACGGCUGUCGGCCUCUGUCCGAUUAUUAUUAAAAAUCCCCGCGCCUUUUGACAAAUGUUUUUAUGUGACUUAAUGACUUUGUACUUUGUAGCUAUGGAAGAAUAAUUUAAGUUAAGAAAUAUAAUCUCAUUCGUCUGUCA